CUUUACAACCGGGGGGAGUUUUCACUCUGGGUGGAAUUUGGACAAAGUUCCUGUCUAACGUAUUCCCUGAAUUCUAUAGACUAUCAUCGGGGGAAAUACACACGUUAAUACAUAUUUCAGAUUGUGUAAAUAGCAGGAUUACAUUCUGCAUAUUAGGGUGGCAAUAUCAUAAUCUUGAAAGACACCUGCGAAACAUCAGGUAUUCGAUUGGGAGGGAAGUCAUUGGGCGUUCACGGCUGGAAGGGGUAAGGUUAGGUCUACGGUUCUUCCCUUGAGUCUCCUCUCCCCAGUCUGGUGGUGUGGCACUUCUGGUGGGUCCAGGUGGAGGAUGUGUUCCAGUGGUGGUCCAGACAGCUCUGGCCAUGGGGGCAGCCGGUCAGGCUCCUCGUAUGCCCUGUGUGCCCUGGGGGUGGGGCUCAUAGCCCUGGGCAUCGUCAUGAUCGUGUGGACUGUGGUGCCCGGCGAUGCUUCCCAGACAACCAAGGCUCUGGGCAACUUCAGUGUCACUGUGCCAGUGGACCAUGCUGGGUAUGACGAGAAGGACAGGGAAACAGCGAAGACCUCAUCAAUAGCCUAUGUGCUGGUGGGGGCGGGGCUGGCCAUGCUGCUGCUGUCCAUCUACCUGGCGGUGAGGAACAAGCGGAGGGGGUGCCAGAGAGGACAGGAGACACGGGCCGUAGGUGUCCCCUUUGUGGACCAUGUGGCUGGGGAGGCAGGAGAGACUGCAGAGGAGCCAGCACCAGCCUACGACGUGCCCAGCUAUGAGGAGGUGGUCACCAGUGGCCAGUACCCCAUACGUCAGAGCAACUUACGCCAUAGCACCUCUCAGCUGCCUUCGUACGAAGACCUCAUCAGUGCUGUGGAAAAAGAGGGGGAGGGCCCAAGAGCAGUCAUUUCAGAGGAUGUUCUUCCCACCACUCCGGCCCUGGCGCCCCAGCCCGCCCCCGCCGCUUCAGCCAACCCCCCCACACGCAGCAGCAGUCGGACCAGCCGGCUACUACGGCCACUAAGGGUACGCAGAAUCAAGUCAGAGAAACUCCAUCUGAAGGACUUCCGUUUUAAAGUCUGCAACCCUACUGAUGUGAAGGUGACCAUUGAACCCAUCACGCCGCCACCACAGUAUGAUGAUAAGAUGCCUGAGUUCUGACAGCGCCCUCGGGCCUAGCAGGACUACAAGCAUUGUUUUUCAAUGUUGAGUAAAACAACACUAUUGCUGGAUCAGAUGGACUAACAAUAAUAGUAUUUCUGGAGAGCAGUGCCUUUAUAACAUAUGCUUUGUGGAUAUAGGCCCUGAACUCACACAUACCAUCUCAGAGUGGGAGUGCUGAUCUAGGAUCUGUCCAUACAAUCUCAUUAAUUAUGAACUGAAAGGCAAAACUGAUCCUACAUCAGCACUCCCACUGAGACGCUUCGUGGAUACGGGCCCUGAGUCCAGAGGCCUGGCUGGGAGUCUUCUUCCUUCACACUGAGACAGACCGAGACACUUACAUUGUUGCUUUGAAUUAAGGUGUUUCUCUGCUCCAUCUUGACUCGUUUAUUGAAAUCUGCUUAAUUACCUAUUUAUUCCAGGGCUUAUUUUUUAUAUGUGCACUAUGCUGUCUGUUUAGAACACUGUGGCUGUUUUUUUUUAAAGAUGAUUAGCUAUCUUAUUCUUAUCUUGUGUACAAAUACCUCUUCACAUCCAGAAAAUGUCCUUAAUCUUUUAGAUGGAAUGCAUAUAAUGGUAUCAUAAUAGUGCCUUGGUAAUUGUAUUGUAUCAGCAGAAACAAUCCAUGCCAUCAGUUUGUCCCACACUGUGAUUGCUCAUGGACCACUGUAAACAAAUGCCCUGUGAAAAUUGUAGUUUCAUGUCAGUUUAUACAAAGAAUGGCACAACUUUUUAAAAUGUGUUUUAUAGUACUACUAUGUAGAGGACAUGCUGAAGCCAAGGGAUCAUUAGAAUACCUAUAUGUUGAUUGGCCUCUGUGUUGAAGUUUGGUGUUUGGAGAGUAUUGAAUGUGAAUCAUGAAAAUGGCCACUUUCUAUAACUGCAGCAACAAUGAAAGGGAAUAAGAGUUGUCUCAACAACUUUACCUUCAACGGAAUAGCAAUUAGAAUACCCUCAAGUCCAAAUAAACUGUAAGAGCUUUAUCUCUGAUAAUUGAUCUAAUAAUUAACUAUGCACAUUUUUACAGCGUUAGAGUGUUUUGGUAAGAUUGCUUCAAGGAUUCUUUGCUUAUGUGGACCUUGAAUGAAUGUAACUUUAUAGUGCUGACCCAUUUCACCUGAAUAGAGCCAUGUUUGGGAGGAUCAUUGGAGAAGCAUAAUGUUCUUAGAAUUUAACAGCAGUUAUAUUUAUUCAAGAUUUUUGGUCAUCUGACACUGUAGGAGAAAAUAUUGAACAAUUGUUCUCAUGAGGGGGCGGUGUACUGUAUAUGUACCUAGCGUAGUUAACCAAACUAAAUCGAUAGUACUGUAUGAAUGACCUCUGGUCUGUAGGAUUGGUUUGCGUGUAUGUGCUGGUUUCUCUAUUGACACAUUUAAAUAAUAAGUAAUGAAAGG